AGAGAAGGAGGCCGAAGGCAAGGGUCGUCUGGGAGUAAAUGCCGGCUGAAAGCACUGCUGAGGAUCGGGCCCAGGGCUGUCGGUCGCCAGGCACUUGUGGUAGCUGCCGGCGCGAGCCUAGGUGCCUCCUCCGGAGUAAGUCCUCAGCGAUGCCUCCCGGGGCCUGCUCAAAAGCCAGCCUGAUUGAAAUGCAUUGGGCCUUCCUCUCCUAGCUAGCUUGGCUGCCGCUUCCCAAGAAGGACUGCGCCUUGGAUCUUAACCCAGAUCAGGAAUUGCUGCUGGCCCACUUUUUCCCUCGGAUCCGAAGCCUCUGGCGCUCCUGGCGUGGUUCCACCGCUCUGUCCCAGGCUUGACCCGGACGGCCGGUCAAUGUCACCCUGAAAGGGCAUGGAAGGCUCCAACGGGUUUGGGAUCGACUCCCUCCUGUCCCAUCGGCCCGGGAGCCCCGCCGUCUCCAAAGGGGACCCGCUCAUGGGGGAAGGCCGAUCCCCUUUGGAACUCAGCCCCCGCUCCGAAAUCAGCAGCGGCUGCCCGUCGCCACCCUCGCCCGGCAGGGACUGCCUGGAGGCGGCGGCGGCUCCGAGACAAGGCGGCUUGGCGGGGGUGGGCCUGGAGGCUCACCUCCAAGGCGGACAGGUCUCGGCCCCGUCGCAAUCCAGAACGGUGACCUCUUCCUUCUUGAUCAGGGAUAUUUUGGCCGAUUGCAAGCCUUUGGCGGCCUGCGCCCCUUACUCCAGCACCAACGGACAGAGCGCGCAGGAGGCGCCGGUGAGGAUCCCCUCCAAGUCCGGCGAGGACUUUCGAGAGAAAAACCCCAACAGCAGCAACUCCUCUUCAGAUACGGAAUACAAAGUAAAAGAAGAAGGGGACAGAGAGAUCUCUAGCUCCAGAGAGAGCCCCCCAGUGCGGCUGAAAAAACCUCGCAAAGCCCGUACGGCCUUCACGGAUCAUCAGCUGGCACAACUGGAGCGCAGCUUUGAGCGGCAGAAAUACCUGAGCGUCCAGGACAGGAUGGAGCUGGCCGCCUCGCUCAACCUCACGGACACCCAAGUGAAGACCUGGUACCAGAACAGAAGGACCAAAUGGAAAAGGCAGACGGCGGUGGGCCUGGAGCUGCUGGCUGAAGCCGGGAACUAUUCGGCCCUCCAACGGAUGUUCCCGUCGCCCUAUUUCUACCCGCAGAGCUUGGUGUCCAACCUUGACCCGGGGGCCGCCCUUUACCUGUACCGUGGGCCCAGCGCCCCACCGCCAGCCCUGCAGAGACCACUGGUCCCCCGGAUCCUCAUCCAUGGACUUCAAGGGGGCAGUGAGCCCCCACCGCCCUUGCCUCCGCUGGCGGGAGUCCUGCCCCGGGCGGCUCAGCCGCGGUGAGCAGCGGGGGGCCCCACCAGGCGCCGCUUCUGGAGGACCACGUGGGGACACCACCCACCCUCAGGCCUGGCCUGGCUCCUCACCAGUGCCACAGAAGAACACGCGUGCAUAAGCAAGAGAACAAACUCACUCCGGAUUGACUCUGACAUCAGAUCUGGGUUGGCAGUUGGGGGUGGGUGGGGGGCUUGGCCUGACACGCAGCUGUGGUGCACAUGUCCCAGGGCCUCCUUCACACAACCACCUGACUGGUGUUUUGUGUUUCGCCCCCCUCCUCUACACACCAACCAACCAGUGGCAAACAGCCUGCAAUUACACAUACACACGUUCCCUUUCCCACCUGUCUGCACUGGACACCCUGCUCUUCAUACCCUUCGCUUCUCAUAGACUCUGGUUUGCACUCACAGUUAACACAAACCCAGAGUCCCUUCCCCUAGAACUGGGCCGCCCCUGGUUGCCAUUCUCCCCCCCCUUUCAAAAUUCCUGCACCUUUUAGACCUGUGCAACAGGUAGACAUUCAACAGAUGCAGAUUUCCCCCUAGCAAGGCGGGAAUGCUUUGCCUGAUUUGAAGUAGCCGCCUAGCACACAGGACCCUUUCCAGUACACAAACGUGGUCUGAUAUUCCUCCUUUUGGUAGUACCCCCUUUCCGAAGAACCUUUCCCCCCCCCCCACAGCCCAAGGACCACAUUUCUUCCUGGGCAAUCUCCUAGGGGCAAUGGAUAGGGCCAGAAGUAAAAAUGGGUCGGGUGACUCUCCCCCAGUGUACCGAACUGAGAUGGCCAUCUGCACGCAGUUCUCUCCACACACACCCAGUGGUCCUCUGCACCCCUCCAGCCAGACGAGGAAGAGGCAUGAUCAGAGGUCAAGGACACAUUCAAGCCAGGCAAAAGCACUCUGGCAGGGUGCAGCGCAGGGCCUGGGGAGAACCCUGCAGGCCAGUUAGAGAGGCUUGGAGGGCCUCAUUUGGAGGGUGUCAGCCCUGUUCUGCAUACCUGAAGGCCCACCUCUGGUCCACGCACACAGAGCGACUCUCGGCGAACAGACUAUCCUGAAUGCACACAUACUUACGUACAGAUACAUGGGCCCUUCUGCCAGAGUGUAGCAUUGCUUGAUGUCUUUUGCAUUGGCAGGAUCUGGCCAAAGUUUAGCACUUUUUAAAAAAGUCCCCUUGAUUUCAACUGGAGGGAACAGAGUUGAGGUGCCUGCAGGGGUGCAGUCCUCCAGGGUCGCCCUGGGUUGUA